AUGUCCAACGACACCAACGAGUGCUCGUUCGAGUCGGUCGACGACUACGACCAACGGUACAACAUUGCUGCCAUCUUUAUCAUCCUGGUGACAAGCAUGAUGGGCACACUUUUGCCAAUCCUAGCCAAGCGCAAUCCCACUUGGAUUUGCUUCCGAAGCCCGUUUGUGUUCACCAUUGGCAAGCAUGUCGGCACUGGCGUUAUCAUCGCACUGGCAUUAAUCCACCUGCUCACUCCCGCAUACGAGGCGCUUGGCAACCCGUGCUUGCCGGCCGCGUUUGCAGAGGACUACACAUUCGCACCGCUGUUUGCAAUGCUGGGCGCGCUCGUGAUGCACUUGUUUGAAACACUUGCCAGCAUGCGCGACCUGAAGACUGCGCUCAAGUCUGAAACCUCGCAGCCGGGCAUGGUUCAGGUCAGCGCCUCCGACAGCGAUCCCGAGCGUGGACAGAAUUCCAGCUGUACUGCCACUGCAACGCCCGAUUCGCUGCUGUUCGCUCAUGGCCACAGUCACGGUGGUUUGCUUGGCAACAGCUCGGCAGAACGCACGAUCGGCGCUUACGUGCUCGAGUUUGGGUUGACUGCGCAUUCCGUCAUCAUCGGCUUGACCGUUGGUGUCUCGUCCGUCACCGACUUGGAGACGCUGAUUCCCGCGCUUGUCUUCCACCAGUUUUUCGAGGGCAUUGCGCUUGGUGCACGGCUGGUCGAGUGCAACUUUUCCAAGCUGAACGAGUUUCUGCUUGCGUUCAUUUACUCGGUGUCGGCACCAGUUGGUAUCGCCAUCGGCAUCGGGAUUGUCAACUCUUACAAUGAGAACGGCGUCACGACCAACCUCGUGCAGGGCACCUUUGAUGCUGUGAGCGCCGGCAUCCUGUUAUACGUCGGCUUUACGCAAAUGCUGGCGAUCGAGUUUCCUCGUGAUUUUGCCGCUGCCUCCUCUCGAGCACGGCGCGUUGCGCUGUUUGUUGCGAUGUGGGUGGGUGCCGGCAUCAUGGCCUUUAUUGGCCGGUAUCUCUGAGUGCACAUCUGCACGCACAUGCAUUGAUCUGAGCAGCCUUGCUCUUCUUAGAAAACCGUGUCUUGUUGUCCUUAACUUUUGAUAGAUUAUUAUAAUAGUGUAGAUUAUGCAU